AAAGAAGGAGAAGAAAAGAAGCCGUGGCUUUAACGACGACAAACGGACAUUAAAGUGUCGGAUUCGCUCAUUAGCUAACAUUUACCGCUAGUUUAUCUGUUUGUUCCGUUUCCUCCGUUUGGAUGAGAAUUGGAGUACAGCAGCAGAUAUGGAGGUGGAGGAGUUGGAGGCCAAAGCUGCAGAGAAGUCCAGGAGGCCCGUAGAAAACAAAAGAAAGACACAGUCUGUCAAAAAAGGAGAUGAUGAAAACUCCUCCGAUUCUCUUAAGCAAGAAACUCCCAGCAAGGCUUCAAGGUGGGAGAACGACUGCAACGCUGUCAACUCCAUCAAAGAGGCGGUGGUGGUUCUGACCAGGCUUCCUGACUAUAAGAUCAGCGCUCUGCGUCCGCCAACACCUCCGCAGUUCUACAGCGAAGACGAGUCCCUCAGCAGCUCGGGUUCAGAUAUGGGGUGGGAGUCGGAGGAAGACUCCAGCGACUCAGACGUACCCGCUUUAAACCACAAACAGAAUCCUUCUGCGUCUGCAUCCAGCAGCAGCGCUUUUGGCCAUUGUUCUCGAGAAACUUCAAAGAUUCCCUCCGCACUGGCAAAAGAGGAAGUCAGGGUAGACAUGAUGGUCCUGGCCAGGAGGAGACCUUUAAAAUGGAAACGAGGGAAGAUGGUGGAGAUAAUUACAAAAGCGGACGGACGGGUGAAAUACAGAGUGAGCUUUGAAGAAAAGGGGAAGUGUGUGGUUUCCGGACACCAUAUUGCCUUUGAUUCCAGGCCGAAGGUGGAGCAGCUGUGCGUGGGCGCCCGAGUGGUGGUGCGCUGUCAAAACAACAAGUUCCGCUUCCGGCCGGGAAUCCUGGCUGAGCUCCCCAGCAGAAAGAACCAGUUCAGGUUUUUGGUCUUCGUAGACGAUCACACACCCGUGUAUGUGGGGCUACCUCUGUUUCAUUUGGUGUGCAGGCCAUUGGAGGACGUUUUGGCGGAUGUUCCUGACGGGCAUCACAAAUGCUUCAUGAAGCAGUACCUGAGGGACUGGCCGUACCCGCGUACCUUCAAGUACGGGCCGGGACAGCACUUCACGGUGGAGCUGAACGGCGAGAUGCAGCGCUGCCAGGUGGCGGCUGUGGACUGCAGCUUGAUUCAGGUCGUUUUUGAGGAGAGCCAGCGCAGAGAGUGGAUCUACAGAGGCUCCAUGCGUCUCCAACACUUUGCACUGUUGGAACCACGAUGGAAGGAAGAGGCAAAUAAUUCCUCUGACUCUGAUUGAAAAAAGAAAAAAAUAUGCAGAAAAUGUUAAAUAGGAAAUAUUAUUUGUAAUAUUUAGUUUCAUCUGUUAUCUCAGAGAUUUAAGCAAAUAGUUCAGCUCCCCAAAACAGUGGUUGUAUUAAUUUAUUGUUUUUUCACAGCUGGGAGGGGAAUGUUUUUUAUUGCUUUAGCUCAAACUUAUGUUUUGUUUGAAUUGAACUGGCUUCCAGGGUGAACCACGCCUUUGCAUGCCAGUGGCUGGGAUAGGCUCCAGCAUCUUAAUGACCCCGAAAGAGUUUAAGCAAGUUUGAAAACUGGAUUUCUUUCUGUUUAAAUGGAAAUCCCUCACGUUUGUGUGAUCAAAUCACAUUGUAAUUAUAUAGCACUUUUCAUACAAAGUUUUCUGUUUUAGGCUUUUAUUUUUUUUUUUGGUCUGUUUCUUUUGCAGGGAAAAGCUUGUGAAAAACAAAUAAAAGGUGGGACAACUCAUCUGAUCAGUGAUGUUUCUAAGUUUAUGGAAAAGUGUGAAGUCGGGAACUGAAAUGUGUGAAUAAAUGUGAUGGAAAGGUG